UAAUAUAUAAUGUAAUCUGGAAACAAUAUUUUUGUUUUCACUCAACAAGACUUCUAAAAAUGUUUUGUUGUGAAUUUGAACCCACCUUUGGGUCAAGGACAUGAUGCGAGAGUUUAUUUGGCUAUGCAUAAGAAAACGGGAGAAAUGUUUGCUUUAAAAGUGUUAACAAAUUUGUCGUAGGAUCACAUAAAAAAUCUCCAGCGAACGAAAUACAAAUUCUUAAAUGCAUAGAUCAUGCAGGGACAGUUUUGUUGAAAGGGUACGCUUAAGAUUACACCUGCGUUCUAUUGGAGUACAUGCCAAAUGACACAUUCUUAAAAGUCUUGAAGAAAGGUCCAUUCCAAUUGUCGUUUGCUAAGACUUUGGCAGCCUAUCUGACAAGAGUACUAGUCACCCUCCACACAGCUUUGAUAGCCCAUUGCGACAUAAAGCCAGAGAAUAUUUUAAUAGCCGCAGAUUACAAUUUGAAACUUUGUGAUUUUGGCUUUGCUCGCGUCUGUAACGAACCCUUAAGACCUCCUGGAGGCACUCCUGGAUACACAGCACCUGAGAUGUACGUUACUCCAUAGGUAAACCUAUUUAAGUGUGACGUUUUUGCAUUGGGUGUAGUGUUAUUUAUUGUAGUCAUGGGAUUCCCCCCCUUUCAAAAUAAUGACCCUAAUGUGAAAGAUGGAUGGUGGGGUUUAAUCCAGAAUAAGCAAUUCGAUAUUUUCUGGAGCAAAUGCGAGUCAUUUAGACAAUAGCAAUUUCCAUAAGAAUUCAAGAACUUGAUAAUGUCUAUGUUGGAAUGCGAUCCAGAAAAACGGAUAUCUUUGCAGUAAGUGUUGGAACAUGAAUUUUUAUAGAAUGGAGCCUCAGAGGAGGAGGUGUUACAGGAAAUUGAGAAACGAGUUAAGGAAUGA